AUGUAUGAAAUAGAUAACUUAUUAAAUGAUUCAAUAAAUGAAUUAUCUAAACAGGAGUAUAGUAAUUUUGAUAAGUAUCUUGGUGAGAUUGGACAAUUGAUGCAAAGAAAUGAUUUAACCGCUUCUACUCAACUGAUCCAAAAUGUUCUUAACUAUAUACCCAACCCCAAUGAAGUGAUUGAAUUAAGAUUAUUUCGAGCCUUAUUAGUUCUUAUAAGAAAUAUAGCAACUUCCAUAUCAGAUGAGAAUGUAUUUGUCUCGGCCAUAUCCAGUUUCAUCAAGUUUUCUCAACUACCAAAUAAUAAUAAUGAAUGGAUAUUGAAAACAUCAGAAAUCUAUUGGCAAUUAUUAGCCAACUUUCCUCGAAAUACAUCUGUAGAACCAUUGAAUGAUAUUUUCCAGGAUGUAAAUGAUGACUUCAAAUCUCCAAUUAUUCAUCUUCUAUUUAGACAAUUCUAUACAGAAGAUUCAACUAUUACUAAUGAGAAAUUAUUACAAUUACUUAAAUUAUCACCAAAACAGAAUCAUCUUCUUGAAUAUAUUUAUCAUUUAUAUACAACAUUACAAUUGCAUGAAUCAACAUUAGAUCAUGAUUCUUCAAUGUUAGUUCAUUUACUUUAUGAUAUUAUAACUCAUGAAAGUUUUGGCAAAUGUAUUCAAGGGAAUCAACCAUUCUUGAUUCAUUGGCUAGAAUUAACUAGAGAUAUUAUUCAAACUAAAGAUAAUUGGAAUAAUUUUGAAUUAGUUGCUUUGUUGUCAUGGAAUUUAGAAAUAUUUAUGAAUUAUUCUCAAUUAUUAAUUGAUAAUGAAGAUCUUAAUAAUGUUGAAUUAGAAUCAAUUCUUGUAAACAAUUUAAAUAUACUUGCAGAAUUAUCAAAAUUUAAUUUAAUGAAAGAUUUCAUUAAACAUCAACAGACGGAUUUCUUAGCUCGAUUGAUUAAAUUGUUUAAGUUGCUACAUAAUAAAAUAUCACCAAUAAAGUUAUCAGAUAAACAGAAGAUCCAACAACUUAAGUAUCCAGAAGUUAAAACAUUUAUAAUUAUAAUCAUUUCUUAUUUAACAUAUGAAUCAUUUGAAAUUCAAGAACAAAUAAGAACUUUAGGAGGUUUAUCAUUAAUAUUAUCUAAUUGUAUAAUUGAUGAUAAUAAUCCAUUUAUAAAAGAACAAGCAAUAAUUUGUUUAAAAUAUCUUUUAUUAAAUAAUUAUGAAAAUCAAAAGUUUGUUGGAGAAUUAGAAGCCAAAAGAGUUGUUGAUGAUCAAGUAUUACAAGAAGUUGGAUAUGAAGUUGAAGUAAUGGAUGGUAAAGUAGUUGUUAAGAAGAGGAACUAA